ACAUUUGUCAAGUUUUAAACGCAGUGUUCAAGUUAGGAGUUUUCCCCCAAAAUGAGGAGGUGACGAAUCUGUUGGAUUUUUAACAGGCGUUUUAAUUUUAAUAAAAUGAUAUAAUCUAAGUUUAUAAAAAAAUCUUUCUUUCAUAUUGUUUCUUAGAACCAAUAAGAGAGUUUUAAUGUCAUUUUUUUUAAUUUUAUUAUUUCGUAACUUGAAUGGAUGGAUUAAAAAUGUUUUUAUACGAUUAAUUUCGUCGGAAUAUCAAACCAACAUUUUAAAAUUAAGGCAAAAAUUCCGGCCCUGUUUAAUGUUCACAACUUUUUUGUAUUUUACAAAUUUAUUGAGGGGAUUUUAGUGGUUUUUGAUUAAUUUAAGGGAUAAUUUUGUCGAAAGCUGGUACUAUUGGUAUCAGUAGGUAGUUUUAAAAAGUCAAACAUUUUUCCCAAUUUUAAAAACCUAGUGAUAAGGGUGUAUUAAAAUCAUAGAUAUUACACAAUUCAAGAAAUAAAAUUUAAGUAAAAGUUUCGAAAUCCACGAAAUGGUGCGAGCUAUUUUUGAAACUAUUGAUGAUAUGCCCUUAGAUAAUACAUUUAUAAAUAAAAGCAAUGUAGAUUCUCAAGUAAAAUCAAUAUUAUACAACAAUGUUGUGUCUCCUAAGGAUGAGAGGGCAUGGCUUAUGAAAGCAAUCACUCUAAUUGACUUGACAACACUUUCUGGUGAUGACACAUCAUCAAAUGUUAGAAGACUUUGUCGGAAGGCUGCAUAUCCAAUUCCAAUUGAUAUUAUGAAUCCUUCUGAUAAUCUUCACACUGCAGCUGUCUGUGUCUACCCUACAAAGGUGCCUGAUGUAUGUACUGCUCUGAAGGCUAUGAAGUUGGAAAAAAACAUACAAGUGGCUGCAGUGGCUACAGGAUUUCCGUCUGGUUUGUAUCCUCUCGCAACGAGAUUAGAAGAGAUUCGGAUGACCGUAGGGUAUGGUGCAACAGAAAUUGAUGUGGUUAUCGAUAGGAGUUUAGUUUUGACCGGAGAAUGGGAGACACUGUUUAAUGAAAUACAACAAAUGAAGAAAGCAUGCGGAUCUGCACAUCUCAAAGUUAUUCUUGGCGUUGGCGAAUUGGGAACUUAUUAUAAUGUGUACAAAGCUUCAAUGAUCGCCAUGAUGGCUGGAGCGGACUUCAUUAAGACAUCGACCGGCAAAGAAGCCGUAAACGCAACGCUACCCAUUGGUCUUGUCAUGUGUCGGGCUAUUAGAAGAUAUUAUCAGAUGACCGGUCAUAAGGUUGGACUUAAACCGGCAGGUGGAAUAAAAACUGUUCAGGAUACACUGAAUUGGUUAGUUCUUUUGUACACAGAGCUGGGUCCUGACUGGCUCACACCUGCCCUAUUCAGGAUUGGAGCGUCCAGUCUUCUGGACGUGAUUAUAAAUCAUUUAAAAUCCACAAAUCAGAUUAGCUGUAGCUGAUUUCAAACCAAAUCGAUUCAUGAAUAUCUUAUUUUAUCUAUAUAUCUAUCAGUCCACAGAAUAUAUUGAUUGUUAUUGUUAUCUGUAAGAAUAAAAUUUUGUUACGUUUUCUGAGAAAAGGUGAUUUAAGAGUAUUUGUGCCAUGUAAAAUUAUUUAAUAAAAGAAAUUGUUAUA